GACGGCCUGCGUCGGCGCUGAGGGGCCCCCGCGUGCGGCGUCAUGGCGCGCCUGCUCCGGGCGCUCUGGGGUUCGCCCUUUCAAGGGGCGCCCUUGCGGGCCGUGGGGGGCCCAGCGGGCAGAGGCGGCGCGGGGUUCGGUCCCGAGGACGCAGGGUCUCUCCCAAAGCAUGGGCCGUCUCUCACCAAGAGUGAAUGGCAAAAGAAGCUGACUCCAGAGCAGUUCUAUGUUACGAGACAAAAAGGAACCGAAGCGCCUUUCAGUGGGGUCUAUCUGAAUAACAAGGAAUCAGGAAUGUAUCACUGUGUGUGCUGUGACAGCCCACUCUUCAGUUCCGAGAAAAAGUACUGCUCCGGCACCGGGUGGCCUGCCUUUUCGGAGGCGCACGGGGCGUCUGGCUCUGAUGAAAGGGACACGGGCAUCCUGAGACGUGUGGACACCUCAUUAGGAUUAACUCGCACCGAAGUUGUCUGCAAGCAGUGUGAAGCCCAUCUUGGCCACGUGUUUCCUGAUGGACCCGGGCCUAGUGGUCAGAGGUUUUGCAUCAACAGUGUGGCCCUGAAGUUCAAACCAAGGAAACACUGACUGUCUCCAAGGAUCCCUUUCUAUCGCCACUGCUUCAUUUACACCCUCAAUUUUCAGUUUAUGUGAAUGACUUGUUUUAUUUACUACCAAACUAAGCAAAGUUUGCUGCUGGCACCAAGCAAGUCCCAGCUUCUGUAAUUGACUUACCUGGAAUCAGCCCAACCCCAACUCCAGCUUGGAUGGUGGAAUUUCACAGAAUGACAGAGGGGCAGCCAUUUCCGUCCAAUUGACUUCUGUAGGCUUUGUCUGGGACCAGAGGGCGUGGCUCUUUGGGAAUAU